AUGGCCUCAAUUGUGGAUAAGACAACUGAUUUUGAAUUUAUAACCAUUUUUGUCCCGACAGAUUUUGAGAUGUUGUCUGCUGGAAGGGACUUUACUGAUCCAGGGUUUGAAGAUUUUCACUUGAAAAUGAGUGGCAACGACAACGCUGAAAGCUCAAACAUUGGAGAUCUUUUUCCCCAACUCCUUCUUCUCUCUUACCUUGUCUGCAAAUGUGUCACUGUCAUUGGUCACUCCAUUGUUCACAAUAUUAGAUUUCCAACUGUUGGAUGCGUGUGUGUGUAUAUAUAUAUAUAUAUAUGUUCGCAUUAUGUAAAAUUCAUUCUACUUACUAUUGAAAUUGAUUUCCUUUACUUUAAAGGUGGUGAGUCUUUGCCUAAAGUUGUCAAUGACAAUUCUCCAAGUAAAAUUGGAGACACUGAAGCAGCCACACUGAAGAAGACUAAAAAUAAAAAGGUAGCAAGAAGUGGAUGCAAACCUGGUAAAGCAAAAGUAAGAAAAAAUUCAACUCCGGAAUUGAUGUCUCGCGUUGUCUGUAAGGAGUUCAACGGAGCUAGAACUCUGGGAACGGUUUUUGCCUACUGCUCUGAAAGUAAAUUAUACACAGUUGCGUUCAACAAUGGUGCAGUGGAAGAUAUGGAGUCUAACGAGGUUUUGAAAUACGAUCCAGUAAUGGAAGACUUCGUACCUAAAGAAGAAACCACACCAAGCACAAGUUUAAAGAAGACCGAAGCUACAACGAAAGAUGCUACAUCAGAGGGGUCAAAUCCAACAAGGAAGAGAAAAAACACUUAUAGCGGUUAAAAUGCAUGAGGAGAAAUUCUCGGAGGUGGAGAGCAGUUAGCUUCGCAAAAGCUGUUCAACGCCAACUUCUUGAUGAUAUUCUCAAACUAUUAUGUGUGAUCCUAAACUUUCAUUUAUGAACUUAGUAUUUGCAUGAAAUAAUUUCACCAAUUUGUUAAACUUAUUCAUGUUUUCAACCUUUAAAUAACGGUGAGAUGAAUCUUGGAUUGCUUUAUACAAAUACUUGUGAAAUGAA